AUGUCCCACGAACUGCGCACGCCAAUGAACGGAAUGUUCUUGGCGUUGACGAUGUUGAUGAGGACCGAGUUGAAUGAGGAGCAGCGGGGAUACGCGUCCAUUCUGGAGGACUCAAUCUCCAUUCUACUGCAGGUUAUCAACGAUGUCCUCGAUUACUCCAAGUUGUCGUCUGGGUCUUUCUCGUUGAAUGCCGACGUGCUCAACGUUCCCAAUGUGAUCAAUGCCGUUGUGCGUAAUUGCCAGCCAGCAUUGAAGGCUGGGGUUGAGCUGAAGAGCACCGUCAGCCCAGGGUUCUCUCCUGAGGUGAAAGGAGACCCCUUGCGAUUCCUCCAAGUCUUACAAAACCUGGUUGGUAACGCAGUCAAGUUCACCGAGAGGGGACGCGUUCAGAUUGAUGCCAAACACACCGUCGACGAGAAUGAUCCUGAUAUGUACGUGAUUACCACGAAAGUGUUAGACUCUGGUAUCGGAGUCUCCAAUACAGCCGUGAACACUCUGUUCACUCCCUUCACAAGAUUUGCCGAUACAGCCACAAAAGUAUAUCAGGGAACUGGCCUCGGUCUCUCAAUUUGCAAGAGCCUUGCCGAACUCAUGGACGGAGCGGUUGGAUUCCACACCAACCCGGUUGGACCGGGCAGUGCGUUUUGGAUGACAGCCAAAAUGGCAGGCAUCUCACCAGUCGCCCAGGUGAAGCAGAGGCCCCCACUCGUCAAGGCACCACCACUUGAUUAUUGCGCAGCUCUCAAGAAAAUUGCAUCACAAAAGCACAUACUCCUGGUGGAAGACAACAAAGUCAACCAAACCAUCAUGAUCAAGCUCCUCAGCACACUCGGGUUCGAGUGCGUUGACGCAGCCUGGGAUGGGGCAGAAGCAGUUCGUCUGGUGAAGCUGAAACCCCUAACCUACAGCGUGGUCCUGAUGGACAUCAACAUGCCCGUCAUGGACGGCCUCACAGCCACAGAGCAUAUUCGUAAGAUGAAGAUUGAUGUGCCUAUCAUUGCAUUAACGGGUAAUGCUUUGAAGGGAGAUGCGGAGACUUACAUGGCCAAGGGAAUGAACGAUUACAUUGCCAAGCCACUUCAUCGUCAGCAGCUAGUGGAUAUGUUGUGGAAGUGGUGUGGAUCCUGA